UCCUUUUUUAUUUUUUAUUUCCUCCUGACACCUCGGAGACAGGACCCGACCGUAAGUAGCCUAAGACUGUUGAGGAGGAAUCAAAGCUGAUAAAAUAAUAAAUGUUUGAUCUGCCAUGAAAUCCGAGCAGGAGCAGCGAGAGGAGAAAGAUAGGCUCGUCUGGAUGAGAGACCCCCGCUGGGUGAAGACACGCAGCGUAUGUUAGCUGAGCCGUGAAAGCUCGCUGCCAUUGACUGGAGCUGAGGGCUGAAAUGGGAGCAAAGCGAUGAAAGGCGAGCGCAGGAGACUGAGCAUCCUCGCGCACGGCGUCGCAUCACUGAUCAUUUCGAGGUAUUAUACAUCAUUUACAGAUCCGCGAUAGUCGCCACUGUCUGGACAUCGUCUGUCGAUGCUGACAGGUUGAACGGCGGCAUUUAUGGUCGCCAGGCAAAUUCCAUUUUUCCCUCUGCAGAUGUGCGCUGCGAGAAGAAUAAGGCCUGUGAAGGGAUUAAUCACUUAUCACGAUGAACAGCAUCUCCAGCAUCACACCACGGAUGAGUCGACUGUUUUCACAUGUAAUGGCUGAUGUUUAGAUGUGACAUGCAUGUUGAAUCCUGCACCUGAAUAAGGACAUCCAUUGUUUUGACAUCCUGAAAAGCAAACAGACCCGAGCUGGUUUUCUCUCCUGACAUUCUGCUAAAGCAAGAUGGGACUAACCUGACUGUGUGUCAACACUCUGCCUGGGUGUGAGUCCACACAUGCACCCACUAGCUCUGGUGUUGGGUGAACAAUGCCAAGCUCUCAGGCGCCCGAUGUGGGCACGAAUUUCACUGACAUUCCCUGGGAGCCUGGUUUCACCGGCUCCAGUCAUGACCAGCUGUGGUCCUCCACCGUUAACAGCGUGUUGAAGAUGGUGUUCAUAUCUCUCAUUGUGUGCGUGUCCUUGUUUGGGAAUGUGGUGGUUCUGCUGGUGUUCCAGAGGAAGCCUCAGCUCCUUCACGUGGCCAACCGCUUCGUCCUCAACCUCCUCUUGGCAGACCUUCUCCAGACCAUACUAGUCAUGCCCUUUGCCAUCGCAGCCACCGUGCCAGGUGUGUGGCCCCUGGACGCCCGACUGUGCCAGGCUCUGGUGGUGCUCAUGCACCUUUUCGCAUUUGCAGGGGUCAACACCAUUAUAGUUGUCUCAGUGGAUCGCUACCUGGCCAUCAUCCACCCUCUGUCCUAUCCCACCCGCAUGACCCCUCACCUGGGCACCAACCUCAUCAUCUGCACCUGGGUGCUCAGUUUCCUGCAGAGCACGCCACCUCUCUACGGCUGGGGGGCCAUUGACUUUGACCGCCAUCACAACGUGUGCUCGGUGGUGUGGUCCUCCAGCCUGUCCUACUCUGCUGUGGUGUCCACCUUCUCCUUCUGGCUGCCUGUGCUCAUCAUGCUCGGAUGUUACUGGAUGGUGUUCAGAGCGGCUCGGAGGCAGAACGCACUUGUGCACCCCAUACAGACGAAGUCCUACUCCCAGCCCUGCCCGCAGGACUUCCAGGGACCUAGCAGUCCACAGCCCCAGCCCCAGCCCCAGCAGGCCAGCUCACCUGACGGCCCCUACUCAGCCAGGGGGUACCCUGUUCGAGUUCGGCAGAGACGCUUCCACUACCACUGCAAGGCUGCUCGUGUAGUUUUCGUGAUCAUGGCCUCGUAUAUCCUCAGCAUGGGGCCUUACAGUAUACUGAACACUAUAUCUAUGAGUGCCAGAGCAGCCGUCCCGCCCUGGCUGUCCUCCCUUGCCCUUGUGCUCUUCUUUUUGCAGUGCUGCCUCCACCCGUACAUUUACGGUUACAUGCAUCGCAGUGUGAGGAAGGAGUUCCUCGCCCUGCUCUGUGGCUUGUUCUGCAAACAGGGCCGCCCCAGCCAGAGCUCUGCGGUGGAGAGCUGCUUCACAACUACAGAGGGACGAUUAGGUGCUCACUCUCACCUGCCCAGCCUGACUGCAAGAGUCUUCCCUCUGCGAACAUGGGAAGAGUGCACGACAUCCUCCUCUCCCACUUUCGAGAGGAAGUCGAGGGACAGCCGUAAAGAGACCACGUCCACCAGCGUCAGCUCUGAGAGGGAGCUCACAGUCCACAGCAAACGAAGCACAUGAACCGCCUCAUCGGAAAGACCAUGUUUGCUCUUAGUUGAAGAGCUUGUCACACAGUGUGUUCACACAUAAGCUAAUAUGCCUUCUUAACAACAGGGUCAUUCAUUCUGAAGUUGCCGGCAUUAGGAAUAUGGUUGAUCCCCAACAUUAUAAUCUUUAAUCACUUUGUCAUAAACUUGAUUAAAUGAUUCACUUGAGAUUGAAUACAUCUCUUGGACAGAAAAUGAUUUAUUGUUGGAUUAUGAAUGUACAAUAUACUGUUAGAGUGAGAGAGAUCCUAAACAAUGACUAUUACUUUUGAUCAAAGUUUGAAAGUUUUAUAUGUAAACACAGUUUUAGAGUUACCACAGGUGUGUGCAGCUAUUAUUUAUGUAUCUUUAUGUUGUAUUGUGUUUUGUCUCUACAAACAAUUGUUUUUAAUGUAUGCAAGUAUUGUACAAGCUACUGUUACAUCAAACGGGCAUUUGAGUCAAAAUUAUAAAAGAUUCACACUAAAGUAAAACCAGAAAUCACAUUUAAUUUGUAUUUUACGCCCUUACCUGCAGGUCUGUUAUAAAAGACACUGUUAUUUUUUUAAACUGGACUUGCCAUGCCAAUAUAGAAAUUGUUCUGUUGCAUCAAAGUGGUUGUAGUUCGGACCACUUUGCCGUAAUCACAGACCACAGAUGUCUCUGAAAAGGCACUGAUCUUCUGCACAACUACUCAAUCUCCUUUAAACUCUCUGUGUGUUGUAUUCUGUGAUCACGCCUGCGGGCACAGGAUGUACUGUCCUUGUGUUUGUGCACGCAAGCUUCGCCUGCAACUAAUGAACUCAGGGUAUGCUUGUGGAAAAGUGUGUAGUGCCCAUCUCUGUUCUUGAAUCUUGUAGAGCAAGUGAACAUAGGUGCGUGUACGUCCCUGUCCCUGUCUCUGUUGCCGUAACUGUUCUCAGUCUCAAAGCGCCUUUUCAGUAAAUGAGUAGAGUAAUGAUUUUUUUUUUGUGCUUGCCAGUUACAGAACAUGCAAGAGUUGGUGACUCCUCCCUAAUGGGAAGGCCACAACUCUUUGUUUCCUUUAUCUCCUUUAACCUUUAGCUCAACCUGUGGAGGUGGAAGUGGAGAUUUUGCGUCUUACUGCAGUGGGCCACUGUAUAUUUGGAUUCAGCAUUUUCUGCCUUUGUAUCAGCCUUUCUUUGAGGAAGUACAAUAUUUUUUGUUAAAAAAAAAAAAAAAAAGCAUAGCGAGCAGGGUACGAUAAAAACAUCACUCCAGUGGACUUGUUGAACUAGUUAUUUAACGUAGGCUGCAUGCCGCAAGAUCUUAUGUAACAGAUGUCUUAUACUCCUCUGAAUACAUGUAGAUUUGUAAAGAUACCUCCUGACAUUUGUAACGAAAAAACCUGUCUUGCUUAAAGAGGGUGGAUGCCUCUGUAAGUGUUUUAUGCUUGCAGUGACUCAUCAAGAUAAAAGUUGAUAGGUUAGAUGUGUUGCCAAAGGAUGUCACACGUGCAUCACGACAUUUUGUGCAUUAUCUGACAAGUGUAGUCCCAAGUUUGUCCAGUUUUUUUUAACCUUUUGUUAAAGAGAAAAAACAAUCGCAGAUGAGUCAGGGUGCUCUCAGUGUGUUAAUAUUAUAUGUUUUAUUAGACUGCAAUUGUUUUUUCUGGGAACAAUUCCUAAUUUAUUGAACCUGACUGGACUGGCGUGGAGUUGAGUCUCGGUGAACUGAAAAUAUCCGUACUAUAGUAUUAUAAAUGACAAUCAAACUUGUAUUAUAAGUUUGUCCAAGUGUUGCUUUGUAAAAAGCAAAGGGGUGCAGUACAGUAUGUAACAAAAUGUAUUAUUGAACAAGAGAAAAUAAUGUUUUUAAGUGCUUUAAAACUACAUAUUUUUGUGAUUUCUAUUGUGCUUUUGUAUUAUUUCUGGUUUCAUUAUUCAACA